GACUGAUUAAUCGAUGUCAGAGUCUUUUCGUUCUCUCCUUAGGAAUGACCCUAGUACUUAACAGGGCGACCCUGGGCAUUUGUCUUAUACCGUAGUUUUGGGAAAAUUGGCAAGAUGAGUACUAUGUUUGCAGACACACUUCUCAUUGUAUUCAUAUCGAUAUGCACUGCACUUUUAGCAGAAGGUAUAACAUGGGUGUUGGUGUAUAGAACAGAUAAGUACAAAAGACUAAAAGCAGAGGUGGAAAAACAAAGUAAAAAAUUAGAAAAAAAGAAAGAAACUAUAACUGAAUCUGCUGGUCGAACACAGAAGAAGAAAAUAGAGCGACAGGAGGAAAAGCUGAAGAACAACAAUAGAGACUUGUCAAUGGUAAGGAUUCUAUUGCUUCUAGCAGUAGGCUUCUGUUUCCUCAGCCUCAAAGGGGUAUUUAACAGUAUUUUUGACGGGCGAGUUGUAGCGAAGCUGCCAUUUGUACCCCUUUCUUAUAUCCAAGGCCUAUCACACAGAAACCUGCUAGGAGAAGAUUAUACUGAUUGUUCCUUUAUCUUCCUGUACAUCCUUUGUACAAUGUCCAUCAGACAGAACAUUCAGAAGAUGUUGGGACUUGCACCAUCACGUGCUGCUACUAAACAAGCUGGGGGAUUCCUUGGGCCCCCACCUCAGGCUGGCAAGUUUUCUUGAAUCAACAUGGAUUAGUUUUCAACAGUGUACUAUAUGCAUCAAGACAUUAAAAAUGGCAAAUUUGGAGCCUUGUGUGAAAAAACAGAUUUUCAUGUCGUGAAUGAUUUUUAGACCCACCAUAAAACAUGUGGUUUUGAUUUUAAUUGCAUUCAGUUGAAUUUGUGAAAACUUUGAACUGCUUUUGGUUCCACUAACUGGUGGUAUACCUUUCUUUUAUCAUAAAUUAGUGUACGGUUUAUAUUUCUUAUAUAGCAGCAGCAUGCUAAUUUAUUGGAAACAGACAGAACAGACCUUCUGCAUAAGUGCAUGCUGAAAAUAAAAGGAAAACAAGAGUA